AUGUGGAGAGGUUUUGUUUUACUAUUUUUAUUUAAUUCGGUCAUUUCUCAAGAUGAUCUUUCGUUCGGAGUUGAUGUAGAGAAGGCGCCGAAGGUGCAGCGACAGUUGUCUCAAGGGUGGAUUGAGGGGUACGAGCUGGAGACGGAGUUUGGCACGGCCAAUGUUUUCAAGGUGAGAUGCGCAGGGGUCGUUGAAUACCUUGGCAGUGUCUGCAAGGCGAGAGCUUUUAUUCUGUCGGGAAAAUAAUGAGCAGUGUCGCUGAAUUCAUGUCCUUGGGGGCGAUGCAAUUUUCGAUGCGCCAGAGUGCUCAUUAUUUUCCCGACAGACUGAUAUAUCUUUUUUAAAUGUCUCAACAAACACAAAAUUUCCACAAGCUCAAGAUGCCUUGCUUAUUUUGAUGAUUUCCCCUGUAACCGAUUUCUUUCAGAAAAUCCCAUUUAUUGAGCCGCCCGUCGGCCCUCUCCGCUUCCAUGCUCCGGUCCCAGUCAGGUCCUGGGACGGCAUCUUGGACGCGACGAAGCCAGCGCCAGCAUGCCCACAAAACUACACAAAAAUGAGCCCGUACUCAUUGAAGUACGUCAAGGAGCAGAGCGAGGACUGCAUCUAUUUGAACGUAUAUGCUGACAAACGUUGCAACGUGGGUUUUUAAAUGAAUUUUUAAACGUUUCUCAAAUCAAUCUGUCAGGAAAACAAUAAGCGAUAUGUCGCUGAACCGAUCAAGUCGCUGGAGUGAAAAGCAAUUUGAUUUUCUCGCAACACAAUUCAUUUUUCCUGCGGCGAUGCGAAUUUCGAUGCGACAGAGUGCUCAUUACUUUCCCGACAGAAUGAUAUAUUUAUAAAAAUUUGAUGACUAUAAAAGCCAAGCCAUUUUCUCGCUUUAGCAAGAGCGCCUUUGUCCUGUAGUCUUCUACAUUCAUGGUGGAGAAGAUCAGUACGGAACUCCGAGAGAGUUCAACGACGUCGAAAUUGCCCGUCAUUUCGCGGCAAGAGAGAUUGUUUGGGUACUACCGUCAUUUCGAUUGGGUAUUUUGGGCUGGAUGGAUAUUGGGCCGCAGAUUUGGCCGGAUGCACCCUAUAAUGCUGGACUGUUGGGUAAGUCGGCACAUUACCGACAAGAGAUUGUCGUUUUAACUAAACUUUUUAGCGUUUAUCAGUCCGUCGGGAAAAUAAUGAGGAUUUGCGGCAGAAAAAAUAUGCCGCCUGUAGCAGACGCGCAUCAAAUCUCCAGCCGCCGCUAGCCCUCGUAAAGUGAUGAAAGGCGAUUCCAAGCCCUCGGCAAAGCCACAUUAUUUACCCGACAGACUGAUAUGCGACGAGUAAAAAUGAAAAAAAUCUCUUUCAGACUUGAUCCAGGCCCUCCGCUGGACCCAACGCGAGAUCCUGACUUUCGGCGGCAAUCCCAGAGACAUUGUGCUGUUCGGUCACAGCAGUGGCGGACAUCUUGGCUCGGCGCUGCUUUCAAGCGUCGCUGUCGAGGAAAAGGCGUUCAGUCGAGCGAUUCUGUUCAGUCCAGGGAGUGUGGCGAACGCUCACUUGAACCGGCCGAGAAGCAGCUUUAUCUUGGAAAAAGUUGGAGUAAGAAUUAUAGGUCUAUUUUUUAGAGCGUGUAAAAACAUUCAACGCUGAAAUCAAACUUUCAGUGCUACCUCAACGACAAACUUGAGCCACUCAACAUGACCUCUCGGCUAGACUGCCUUCGAAAGAAGCCGGUUGAGGAGUUGAUUAACGCUGGAAUUCCUCUCGAAGGAAUGAGACCUCAAGGUUUUAGUGGAGCCCAGCCUGAUGGCUACACGUACAUUGAGCCGACUGUGGCCGGGUAUAUGAACCGAUGGCAUGUAAGACCUUAUUUUUUUGUCUUUUCUGGUCACCCAAUGCUCUAAUUAGUUCUGUCAUCUUCGAAACUGACGUUUCUUUAUGGAUCUUGGGCUGAUUAUGUUCUUGUUGUCUCAAAAGGAGACCCCGUCAUCUAUUGUCUUGACCGUCAGUUCGUCGGGAAAAUAAUAUGGAUUUGUCACAAAAAAAUUUCUCCUCUGAUUGCACUGAGUUUCCAACCGCGGCCAGCCGUCCCAAAGCAAUGAUGGGCGAUUCUAAGGCGCGACAAGUCCACACUAUUUUCCCGACAGACUGAGAAACAAACGUAUUUUGUAAUUUUGGCCCCACGUCGCGCUGGAUUCCCAUUUAUCGCAGCGCCAAAACAUCGAUAAAAUGUAAUUUUCAGGAAUUUUUGCCGCAAGUAUAGCAUCAGUAUGUCGGGAAAAUAAUGAGCACAAUAUCGCUGGUGGUGGCACUGAAGUGAAAAGCAAUUUGAUUUUGCCAAGAGACAAUUCAUUUUCUCGGCGGCGAUGCGAUUUCCUAUGCGACAGAGCGCUCAUUAUUUUCCCGACAGACUGAUAGUUAAAGCGUAAACAUCCCCUAUCAAACCGCUUUGCAUUAUUAAAAUAAUAUUCCCUCUUUCUGGCUCACUUUUUAGCCUUAAAAUACCCCUACCGCUUUCAGCCACUACCCCUGCUCAUCGGCGUCACCGCCGUCGAGAACGACUUCGACCUGGGCUACAACGACACGGACGUGUGCCUAAACUACGUGACACUGCUUUGCCCCAACCGCAAAGACGAAUGCGACCAAAAGUGCAAAGACCGUUACGCACAUGGCCGGGAGCUUCCAAUCAGCGCCUCCUUCGUCCACGCAUUCUCUUGGAUCCUCGGUUUUGUGAACACGAACCAAGGUGCGCCAACCUGGUAUCAGGUGUGGGACGAGUAUCAUGCCAAUGCUCAUGCUGACGAGCUGAUCUUCGCGUUCGGGCUGAAUGCGGAAGAGGGAUUCCAUCGGAGGAAUGUGGGACAUCAAAUCAUGAAAAAGUUCUUCCCCCGGCUUUUGAGGAAGUUCAUUUUGGAAGGCAGUGUUGUUGAUGGUAAGAAUUUUUUAUUGCACUGCGCUUUUUCCAAAGAGCGUAGACUUUUUGUCGCGGCGCACAGUGCAUUUUGCUUUUUUUUGCACUGUGCAAUCGUCUGUCGCGCGCGUUUCCUUUUUUGCACGGUGCGCUGACCUUUCGAACCAUUUUGCACUGUGCAAUCGUCUGUCGCGCACGUUGCUUUUUUUGCACGGUGCGCCGACCUUUUCGAUCCAUUUUGCACUGUGCAACCGUCUGUCGCGCGCAUUUCCUGUUUUGCACGGUGCGCUUGCGAGGUCUGUCAAAAGGUGGAAUGCACUGAGAGCAUUUCAAGCCUUUUUGCAUCCCUGUUAAACCGUCUCCCUUUCCAGGCUGGCUUCCCAUGGACGCCGAAGGCCGCGGCUACUAUUACAACAACAUCAAAGCGAUCGGCAAGCCCAGCAACUACACCAUUGUCGAGAAGCCGCAUUUCGUCCCCAACGUCAUCUUCGACGAGCCGGCAAUCGACUUCUGGUGGCGUGAUCUGGCCCACGUCCACUGGCAUAAGGGCGAUCAAGGCGAGGAAGAAGAGGAGGCAUCGGGACUCCCACAUCCACCUUCUCCCAAAGAGGAGGGCGUCCCAUGGUGGAUCUUUGUGCUCGUCAUCAUCAUCAUGCUGAUUUUGGCCAUGUCAUUGUUCGUUGUUAUUGGGGUGCCAAUUAUUUGGAAGACUCGGCAAUCCACAAAACAUUAG